CCAAGGAACCCGAAUUCAAAUUUCAUUCCAUUCCUCACGGGAACGCAAGCGAAGGAGAGCAAAAUGGGGAAGGAGCUGACGGAAGACCAGGUGGCCAAAAUGCGGGAGGCCUUCUCCCUCUUCGACACCGACGGCGACGGCAAGAUCGCCGCGUCGGAGCUGGGGAUUCUCAUGCGUUCCCUCGGCGGGAACCCUACCCAGGCGCAGCUGAAGGAGAUCAUUGCUGUUGAGGGCUUGACCGGGCCCUUCGACUUCCCCCGCUUCCUCGACAUCAUGCGACGCCAUUUCCGCCUUGAGCCCUUUGACCGCCAGCUCCGUGACGCCUUCAAGGUCCUCGACAAGGAAGGAACCGGCUAUAUCUCCGUCUCUGACCUCCGCCACGUCCUGACCAGCAUCGGUGAGAAGCUCGAGCCUGCCGAGUUCGACGAAUGGAUCCGUGAGGUCGAUGUCUCGCCGGAUGGCAACAUCCGCUACGAGGAUUUCAUUGUCCGAAUGGUUGCCAAAUGAACCCUAGGCCUUUUAUUCAGAAAAUGCGGAAGGUGGAAAGAGAUGAAUUUAUAAAUGCAAUUCCUAUCUAAGCCUGUUGUCUCAAUAUUGGCUUAAUUACCUAUUUGUAUUUAGGUUCUGUUAGUACAAACAGUGAAUUCCUGUGGCUUUUGUAAUUCCAUUUUGAUUUUAAGUUUGCCUAGGUUAACUGUCAUGUUUGAGCAUGCUUUAGGGUUUGUUUAUGAAAUUCUGUGUUUAUUUGAUAA